UUGUAUUUCUCAGGCUGUUUCGUUUCAAUUACGUAAACGUUCAAUGCCUCCUAAAAAGAAUGGAAAAAGUAGCGGAGAUAAAUCACUUAAAAAGGAAAGUAUGAAUCCCGAGCAGAAAAACGAUGAAGAACUCACGGAGAGUGACAAAAACUUUUAUCGGGCUCAAAUACGUGAUUUGGAGGAGCGCCUGGAAAGAUACCAACAUAAAUGUGAUGAAUUGGAGGUUCAAGAAAAGGACUUGCACUCUAAAAUCACUAAUUUGGAGAAAGAGAAGAAAGACAUAGUUCUCUACCUGAAACGCACACUGGCUCAAAAAGAGGAUGAACUGACUGAUCUGGCUGAGACCUUAUCAAGACACCAGCAAGCCCAAGAGGUUGAGAGGGAGUCCUUUGAGUUACAACUGAGCCUGCUUAGACAUGAACUUCAGGAAAAUAGGGAAAAACUCACAUCUGAGAACAUGGCGCUUGCUGGUAAGCUGGCGUCUUUGGAGGAGUUUUCUACACAGAGAGAGAAGCUCAUGGCUGAGUGCAGGUCUUUGAAAGAGACGCUUCAAAAGCAAAAAGAAGAACAUCAAGCACAAAUCUAUAAUCUGGAGAAAAAAGCUGUACUGGACAAUGACAGGCUAAAGAAAGAAAUGCUGCAACAUGUUGCUGCUGUAGCAGCCGAAUUCCGGUGGGUUUCAGACCAGAAGAUGCCCGAGACGACAAAGAGGGCCAUGCAAGAAAACCUCUCUGUCACAGCUCUACUUCAGCAGCUCUCAGACAAGACCAAGGAGCUGCUGAAGGAGAAUGAUGAUCUGCGAGCAAGAGAAAAGCAACUCAAAAUUGAGAAUGCAAUUACAGAACCGCUGAUACAUGAGAUAACCAAGAAGAAUGUUGCUAAUCAAAAGGUAGUCCAUCAGUUGACAGAAAAGUGCAAGCAAAUGCAGUCUGAAGUGGAAAAAUUUGCCAAACUUAAAGUGGAGCACCAAGAGCUGCUAGACAGUCAUUCUUCAGUAUGCACAGAGCUUGAUGCUCUCAGAAAGAAACAUGCAACAGUUAUAGAAGUGCUGGACCAAACAAAAGCUGAAGCCAAGAGACAGAGGAAAGAGCUUGAAGAGGAAAGGACACUGAGAAAACAGUUAAAGACAGUUCUUGAGGAAGCAGCCGUAGCUUUAAAGGAGGCCCUAAGGGAGGUCCCUAUAGAGGAAGACUCCGAACUGAAGAUUACUGUCAGACGAAAUCAGAUGAUGCAGAAGCUGCUGGCUGUGCUGGACAGUGCUGCAGCUUUAGGAAACGGUCCAGCUCUUACUGAGUUCCUGUCAGGGGUGACUUGCAGUCAUGAUCUUAAAAAACCCUCUGACAUAAAAAGACCAAGUGAACUCCUCCAGAAACCCACUUCACAUCUUUCUCACUUCAAAACUGGAGACCUUGGGUUGGUCCCUCGCAAAACACACACUGCAUCAAAGAUAGGAAAUCUUGCUAAGAGUGCCUAUGUACGGAAGUAAGCAUAUAGACUAUGGCACAUCAACAGUACACACAUUAUGUGAUCAUGGAUAGAACAUUACAUAUUGUUAAUAAUGCAGCAGAUGAAUUUAGACGAAACAUAAAAUGUACCUUUUUGACUGUUUUCUUGUCUUAUAGGAAAAAAAAUUAAGUGAUAAAUUACUGGCCUUUUCAUAUACUUUAUCAUACUUGUGGAAGUUAUUUUUAAUAACAUUGUUAAAGUGUAAAUUAUUAUGUGUCCAUGUCUUAUCACUAGGUGGCAGUGUUGUAUCAUUAUGAAUAAAUAAGUAACAUUGGUCAGAAACAGAAAGUGUAUUUUUCAUAAA